GAGAGGUUGUAGCUUAAGGAUCAGCCUUACUAGUUUAUUUUGUGAUGUUUGUAAUUUAUUUUUGAGGAUUUUAGGGGAGUUUUUCAAACCAUGAAGUGCAGGCAAAAUCAAAGUGGCCUUGUACUAGGGCCCCAGCCAGUAUCUCCAGAACUUUCCUAUCAAUUAGAUGGACUAUUCUAGCCAGAAAUUUUAUUUUGGAAAAAUGAUUGUCACAUUUGGCUUGGCUGUGAUCUCAGAUUCACCCACCUCCACCUUGAAUCCAGGUGUCUUCCGAAAUGUUGGGUUUGAUCCAAAAAGUAUAGAUUAAGUUUUACCUAAAUGGAGGGACAGCUUGUUCUCAGAUAGCCAUGUACUGACCUUCUGAAGUUCUGCACUCAGUGACCUCUCCACCACACGUAGUUUUGAUCCUACUUAUGGUUCCGGGGCUAGGUAUGACUCGGAGGGGUACAAGUUCAACACAUGGUUUAUUCAGAGACACAGGGUAAACGGAUGAGCCCUCUGGACCUGGUUCAUGAAGCAUCCGCCAUCAACCAAGCUAAAGGCAAAGCCGGGCUUAUUUCGCUUAGCCUCGCUAGUUUAAGCUAGAGUUGCGUUCCAUCAACGGAAUCUCCACUAAGUAACCAUGGCAAUUUAUCAGACCAAAUGAACCUGGUCGGUCGGUACCAGGCUAACUGGCAGGCUUACUUGAGCGGUGUUUGAGAGAAGACCCAUCUGUCGGAAACAAGUGUACCAUCAGAAGGUUCCGCCAAGCCAGUCCUCACGAUUUGGUCUUGAUUUAUAAUGGUUUUUACCUCUUUCGAUAGUGUUAUCCUCCCCUUGGAAAAAUGCGGUGAAGUGGAGCAGAGAGAUCGCCAUGUCUGUACCACUGAGUGGUGGUGACUUUACGUAUAUCAUUCGCUUCGAGAGCAGCAAGGGGCUGUAGUUCACAAAGUGGCCUCUCACAAAACCUAACAUUAUGAAACUUCUUCGCGAAAUUAUUUUGUUUUCUUUACAUGAAAAAUUAUAAUUUUAAUCCACAAUCAACAUAUGUGUAAUCCAGGGCAGAUAAAGACUGGAGCCCGAAGAUCAUUUAUUUCUCUCCAUCCGUAUUCCGUAUUUACCGUAGGGUGUGAAUGGGCCUUAAAGCGCAGCAACUAUCUUUGCUCAAAAAAUACUGAAUGCGCCCCUCAGUCUCCAACACAGAAUCUAAACUUUUGUAUAUGUUUUUAUUUUAUGGGAACUCCACUGGUGGAGAAAAAUGCCUAGCCAGGGGAAUUAGAAUGUGCUUCCUUGUGUUGGAAAAAACAAAGACGCAACUAUGGGAAAUGCUGACUAAUUUGGAAUCAAAUGGAUUGCAACGGCUUGCAAGCAAAAAACAUGGCUGAUUUACAUCUAUAGAUAGAUAAUGUCAACAUUAACCUGGGGUCUUUUUAAACUAGCCAGAUCCUUUAAACGUGCAUUUUGUAGUUUGACCAUUAGCAGCCACUAGUGGCUUGAGUUAUAGUUCGAUUUUACUCUACUUUUUACUCUUUAUUUUUUUUUGAAAAAAUUCCUGGAUGAAGUUUUUUCGAGAACUACGUUGUAGUUCAGAAAUUAUGUAACGUAGUAAACGGUAGUAGGGAAGUUACAUAGUUCAGGUUUAAACAUUUUGUCUUCAAGUUCAAACAACGUUCUGAAAUCGUACUAUUUUCUCAUUGAUGUAGUUACAUAUGACAUUUCAAAGAAAAUGUCAGAAGAAAAAUAAAGAAUAUUUCCUGCCAAAUAGCUGACUUUAAGCUGAAACUCAUCCGCUUGUAAUGCUCAAUGGAUAUCCCAGAACCACAGACGAGGAGCGGAAGUGUUCCAAGAUUUCAAACAGUUAAUUCUUAUUAAUUCUCUCAAACAAACCAAGUAGGUGCUGGAACGUCUACUUAUCAGUGGCAAAACAACUACAUCGACGACAGGGCUCUGUAACCCUAUUCCAGGGCUCCUCAACCACCACCACUUCCUGUCACAUGGUCUCUCUGCUCUCACAGCCAUGUAUGAGCCAGUCCUUUACCUCCUCAUCUCCAGAGCGUGGUUGAGUCUGCUCCAUCCUGUCCAUGGACCCCCCCGCGUAUGAAGAGGUGGUUCUCCAGACUCCCCCCACACCACCUCCCACCUAUGCCCUCGCGGUCCUCCCCUCCACCCCUCCACCCACCUACAGAGAAGCUGAUGCAUUUCCUGUUCUGAAUCUCCCUGUCGUGCAAGCUGUCACCAUCUUGCCCGUCCAGGGACCGGCCACACAGACCCCAGUAAAUGGGACUUCACAGAUUGGGUCUGGUCCAACGGUCUUCAGGGUCCAGCCACAGCGCACAAGAGCAGUGAUGGGAGUUGACCCUGUUAUGGUUCAAUGCCCCUACUGUCAUGAAGUUGUAACUACAGAGAUCGAGCACAAGCCCGGGCUGGGUGCUUGGAGCAUGUGUUUUCUUUUCACAUUGCUAGGGUGCAUCUGCGGCUGCUGUCUGAUUCCCUUUGUCGCAAAGGAAAUGCAGGAUGUCCAUCACUCGUGUCCGCGCUGUCAACGCCACCUGCACAUACACGCUAGGUGACGGCUAGAGUGCAGCGUUCUGGAACCUUCCCUACUCUACCUUGUGACCCCUGGAGUUUAAUGGAGUGCAGUGCGUCACGCAGGACCCAACAACAAGAGGUUUUGAAUAUAGAUGCAAUAAGCACUAUCUAGCACAGUGGGGGUGCGGACCCCCUGGUGGAUGGGGGUGUGUGUGUGUGUGUGUGUGUGUUCGUGCACAACCAAUCGACGAAUAAGUUGUGCAGGUUGUUCACGCAUACACACACACACACACACACACACACACACACACACACACACACACACAUGACACACGAGUAUGCGUCAAAUGGUCCCAUGAACCAAGGUACAGACAGGCUAGCCCGACUCGUUGUUUUACAAGCAUGAUUUUGCACUUGUUUGUUUAACGCCAUCGUCAACCUCCUCCAUCAACAUCACAUGCGCAACGUUGUGACAAUGACUUGCACACCUCUCCGACUGACUGGCUCACUGACAGAGAUUGGCAGAGAGUGACAUUUCUGCUCCGAAGCAGAAUAUCUCACCACACAAAGGAUGUGUGCGUGCGUUUUGCACUGGUUGGGUCGUACCAUGAAUACACAAUGAAGUCAACGCAAUUAUGAAAGAUCACCAGGAAGAUUUGCCCGUACAUUACUCAUGACAUGAAGAGGGUUGUUACAAGCUUAUGUACUCUUAGUAUGCUGCCAAGAUUACAUGUCGUAGCAUCACACUUGGUACUGCCUCACUCCUGUACAUAUGUUUAUACAACACUGUUCCUUUUGAUAAUAUGUUUAAUACAAUGUUAUUUUGAUAAGAUGUGACGUUCAUAUAUUCUAUCAUGUUGAUAGGGAAAUAAAAAUGUAUCUGACAAAUGA